AUGCCACGAAGAGGACAAAGGCCCGAGACUACCCACCAAGCCGCCACGACGCCCGACGAGUCCAAUGACGCCUCCUUGAUUUGGACACAAGCAAAGCCGCAGCAUCCGCCCCAAGCCAAAGUCAGUGCUGGACGGGUUCGCCUUGAUGGCCAAGGUUCGGUUGGAGAUUUAUCACUACAUGGUGAUAGGCCAAUCCACGGACUGCGGCUUCGAGCGAGACCAUUUGGUCGAUUUUUUUGUCCCGUUGACGCAGCCGGACACCCCCCCUACCUCGCUCAUGGAAUCACCGAGGUCUCUGGCCUCCGUCAAGAGUUUCUCGUUGAGGUUUUCAAAAGAGUGAUCCUUUCCUUCACGUCAAGCAAGUCCCUGAAGGAAUUCUCGAGGUUCAUUCACGCACAAUUCAACCUCGACCCAGCCCAAGUUCCUCGUCUUAACAUCAAGACCUGCAUUUUUCACAACGACUCCUUCCCCCAAGGUGUCACAUUCAAUCGAUACGAACCGGUAGACGUUGCUCACGACGAAAAGUCUCAAUUAUCACAAGAUGUGGCACAGGAUCUCGAGCAGAUGCACAACUUUUUGAAGCAGGUUGCUGGUAAACUCGACUUGGAACUACCGCCUCUACGCUCCUCUUUUGCGACAACAGAAGUGUCAAAAGAUGAAUCACCAAGCCAACCAAACAAAGACCAUCACGUCCCAUCUCGCGAUACUUCACCGAAACCACUGCCAGAAGACGAUGACUUGCCAUAUGCUCCCAUUCAUUCACUCUAUACUCUCACGAAAUUACGCGCGCUUCGCUCACCAGAUGAUCUCAACUCGCAGCAAAAUCAAGGCAUUGACGAUGUGAUCACGAGACGACUAAUUUCACUAUCCGACGCAGAAAGACUGUUUGAAUUUUAUAGAAAACGCCUGGAUCCUUAUAUCUACCUUAUUGGCUGUCCUUACGAAUCUAUGCAAGAAUUACGGCAGAAAAGUCAAUUUCUCCUCGUGGCGGUCCUGACAGUUGCCGCACUUCACGAUUCUACCGCCGACCACUUAUACCCUAUCUGCACCUCCGAAUUCAAAAGGCUUUUCGAGACAUCGAUAUUCGAAAGACGACUAAGCAGGGACUAUUUACGGGCUCUCUGCAUCGGCUGCUACUGGCUAAGCGAUUUAUCAUGGAUGCUAUCAGGCCACGCUAUACGACGAGCAGCGGAAUUCGACCUACACAACAGUUACGACAGAGCUAUCGAGAAAUCUAGUACAGAAGACGCUGAGUGUGCAAGAAUUUGGUACAUCCUUUGCGUCUGUGACCAACAGCUUGCGACGCAGUAUGGAAGGCCGUCUAUAGUGCAGGAAGAUGCUUCCACACAGGGAGCUAUAGACUUUCUGCACUCUGCCGUUUCGAACGAGGAAGACAGACGGUUGUUGAGUCAAGCUACUGUUCUUGAUCAAUGGUUCGCAUUUUGGACAGACCAAGUGCAAGAGCAAUGGCCCGGCAUCGGCGGCUUCCCACGAAAAGGAAUCAUCCUCCAUUAUAACUUUGCACAACUAUAUCUAUACUCACACGUUUUCCGGGGCAUAUCCAAAGACGACCAUAUUCCUCACUACUUUCUGGACUGUGCUCUGAACGGCAUCAAAGCAGCGACAACAAUCAUCGACAAAUUCCUCAAUGAUCCCGAUAUUACCUCCGGCAUAGUCGGCAUGCCGUCAUACGUCCACUCCAUGACUGCUUUUGCAUCAAUGUUUCUCACCAAAGUCGCCACGAAAUACCAUGAUCUUAUCGAACGCGAUAAGGUUUACGAUUUGAUUACUGGCUUGGUGCAGCAGUUUCGGUCACAACCUGCUGGAAAGUGGCAUUUGGCAAAUUUGAUGACUAGUGGGUUGGAGAGGAUGGCACAGACGUUAAAGCCGGAUGUUCCGGUCGAUAUGGGGUUGCCGUUGGGAGUUGGGAUGGAUCAGAGUGUUGAUGCUGGGAUAUCGGGAGUUGAUAAUUUCUUUCCUGAUUUGGCUGGUGACUUCUUUUUCAACUAUGAUAUGAGCUUUGAUAUGAACGCGUCUAUGUAG